GCUCACAACCGCCCCCCCCAAGAUGGCGGCGGCCAUGCCGCCUCCCGCCGCCGCUGCCUCUUCCUCCUCUCCCGGCCCUUCCCGCCUUUUUUAACGGCCUUGCUCCCCCCGGGACUUCCCCCGGGGCUUCCCCGAGCCCUUCCCGGCCCCACCGUGAGGGCGCGGCCAUGGACGGGCCGGGCGCGGCGGCGGCGGCGGGCGCGGGGCCCGGUCCCAACAACGUUCCCGCCUUCCUCACCAAACUCUGGACGCUCGUGGAGGAUCCCGACACCGACUCCCUGAUCUGCUGGAGCCCCAGCGGGAGCAGCUUCCACGUGUUUGACCAGGGCCAGUUCUCCAAGGAGGUUCUGCCCAAGUACUUCAAGCACAACAACAUGGCCAGCUUUGUCCGGCAGCUCAACAUGUACGGCUUUAGGAAGGUGGUGCACCUGGAGCAGGGCGGGCUGGUGAAGCCGGACAGGGACGACACCGAAUUCCAGCACCCGUUCUUCCUGCGCGGCCACGAGCAGCUCCUGGAGAACAUCAAGAGGAAAGUCACCAAUGUGUCGUCGCUGAAGGGGGAGGAGGUGCGGGUGCGGCAGGACAGCGUGGCGCGGCUGCUGGCCGACAUGCAGGCCAUGCGCGGGAAACAGGACAGCCUGGACUCCCGGCUGCUGGCCAUGAAACAUGAGAACGAGGCUCUGUGGCGCGAGGUGGCCGCCCUGCGCCAGAAGCACGCGCAGCAGCAGAAGGUCGUCAACAAGCUGAUCCAGUUCCUGAUCUCCCUGGUGCAAUCCAACCGGAUCCUGGGCGUCAAGAGGAAAAUCCCCCUGAUGCUGAACGACGGCGGCCCCGCCCAUUCCAUGCCCAAGUACGGCCGCCAGUACUCCCUGGAGCACCACGGCAAUUCCAGUUAUUCCGCCCCGGCCCCGGCUCUGUCGGGCCCCGCUCUGUUUGCGGCCGAUCCCGGCCCCAUUUCCGGCCCCAUUUCCGGCCCCAUUUCCGGCCCCAUUUCCGGCCCCAUUUCCGGCCCCAUUUCCGGCCCCAUCAUCUCGGACGUGACCGAGCUGGCGCCGUCCAGCCCCGAGGGCUCGCCCGGAGGGAGCCUGGACGGGAGGAGCAGCCCGCCCAUCCGGAUCAAGGAGGAGCCGCCCAGCCCCGCCCGGAGCCCGCAGGGGGAGGAGCCCAAGGGCGCCGGGAAUUCCGGGAAUAAUUCCGGGAAUAAUAAUUCCGGGAAUUCUGGGAAUUCCGGGAAUAAUUCCGAGACGCCGCUGUCCCCGUCCACCUUCAUCGACUCCAUCCUGCGGGAAAACGAACCCGGAGGCGCCGCCGGGACCCCCCAGCCCCCGGAAAAGUGCCUGAGCGUCGCCUGCCUCGACAAGUCGGAGCUGAACGAGCACCUGGACACGAUCGACUCCAGCCUGGACAAUCUGCAGGCGCUGCUGAGCACGCACGGCUUCAGCAUGGACAGCGCCCUGCUCGACCUCUUCAGCCCCUCGGUGCCGGUGCCGGACGUGACCCUGCCGGACCUGGACAGCAGCCUGGCCAGCAUCCAGGAUCUCCUCUCCAACCAGGAGCAGCAGAAACCGACGGAGAGCGAGCCCGGCGCGGGGGACUCCGGGAAGCAGCUCGUUCCCUGCACGGUCCAGCCGCUGUUCCUGGUGGAUUAUCCCAAAUCCCCAUUUAUCCCAAAUUCCCAAUUGAAUUCCCAUUUUUCCAGGGAAGCAGCUCGUUCCCUGCACCAUCCAACCCCUAUUCCUGGUGGAUUAUCCCAAUCCCAAAUUCCCAUUUUUCCAGGGAAGCAGCUCGUUCCCUGCACCGUGCAGCCGCUGUUCCUGGUGGAUUAUCCCAAUCCCACAUUCCCAAAUUCCCAUUUUUCCAGGGAAGCAGCUCGUUCCCUGCACCGUCCAGCCCCUGUUCCUGGUGGAUUAUCCCAAUCCCAAAUUCCCAUUUAUCCCAAUUGAAUUCCCAAAUUCCCAUUUUUCCAGGGAAGCAGCUCGUUCCCUGCACGGUCCAGCCGCUGUUCCUGGUGGAUUAUCCCAAAUUCCCAUUUAUCCC